GUUUCAACACAAAACACUGGCUGGUUGAAGGAGUCCCGAGUCGUCUUUUCAUUGUUCCCGAGUCACAUUAAAGUAAGAAAUUAACGUAAUAUCACUAUACGUUUCUCAUGUGAGCCGCUCUGCAACCGUUGCACGUAAAGCAUAAGAGCUUCAGCUAAAGUUCAUGUCAGACGGUUAACUUAGACGAUAGCUAGGCUAACGUUACCCAUUAUCAAAUGGUCAAUGCGUGGCUAACGUCAGUUCCGCACGUUCGUGUUUCAACACAAGUGCAGUUUACGGCGAGAAGGUCACGUCGAAGUCGUAAAGAAAACACGACCAACUCUUAAAACAGGACGUAAAUAAACGCGUGGGUAACGUUGCCGUUUUAAAUUCGGCAUAAACAGUCUGAAUAUGUAAUAUCAGUACUGCAUGACGUUACGCAGUUAAAAGACCAUAAUACGUAACUAUUGCAAUACACCAUACAUGAACUUAAUACCAAUUGCAGGGCUACUAACAUGCUGGAUUGCAUUGUUUUCGGACUUGCCCCCCAUAUGAUUAAAGGGUGGUCUGGAAUACAUAGGAAGUAGUCUAUAUUUAGAUAAAGUCAGCAGCAGCAGGCUGGGAGAAGCUAAUCUUACAUAGGUGCUGGGAUUAGACAAGACUCCAUUCACUUGUAGUGGAGUUCUGGUCCUACAUAAUAAAUACACACAACAUGUGCCUUUAAACUUCUGCCUUUAGACUAAUCGGUAAGACUACUUAAAACCCCAAGAUGAAGCAACAAGAAAAUAGAGAACCAGUCGGAGAGAGCGGAAGAAAUCAGAUCUGAUCACAUGUAAUGUGCAGAUUUAAUGAUACAAUUUAAUACAUAUGACAACGUGGACAUUUAUUAAUUUAGAAAAGCACACACUGCUCUGUACAUCAGGGUGUCGACACGCUCAUGCCCUUAACACAAGCGCGUUAAUUAGUAGUGAUGUAACUUUACUGCUGUGCACCAUGGUAGCAGAUGCACCAUAAAUAUCAUGUUUGCGGAAGGUGCGCAAUGCCGGUGAUGCAGUUGCUGAGGGGCGCAGUGAAGCAUGCUGGGAGCGGCCCCCGGUGCAACGUCCAGAGGGUGAUCUCGGCAGCACGCGGCGUCAGCUCAUCCUCGCGACACUUUGGGAAAACUCAUCCCCCGUCCUGCGCUGAUACCGAUCACCCCAAAGUCCUCAUCACUGGUUGGUCAUUCUCUGUGUCGCUAUAUCUGUUUGUUUUUAGGACGUUUCCUUCUAUAAUAUCAAAACACAGUCUACUUUUUACUUUUUUUAUCGUUAUAGGAGGGCUUGGUCAGCUAGGGGUGGGGCUCGCCAAGUUGCUGAGGAGACGCUUUGGAAAGAACAACGUGAUCCUGUCUGACAUCAGGAAACCCCCCAACCACGUCUACCACAAUGGUCCGUUCAUCUUCUCAGACAUCCUGGACUAUAAGAACCUCAGGGAGAUCGUGGUGAACAACAACAUCAGCUGGCUGGUUCACUACUCGGCCGUGCUGUCCGCUGUGGGGGAGAACAACGUCGCGCUGGCCAAAGAGGUUAACAUCACAGGUACGUGCGCGCACUCGCCGAAACUACCAAAGGUAAGCUGCUCUAUUGCGGAUCCUGAAGGCACGUUCGCAGCAGCGAUUAGAGCCACCCUAACGCAGACACUUAUGCGCAGCCUCUCUCUCUUUAUAGGUCUCCAUAACAUAUUAGACAUAGCAACCGAACAUGGUCUGCGUCUGUUUGUCCCCAGCACGAUCGGUGCCUUCGGUCCGUCCUCGCCCCGGGACCCUGCGCCCGAGCUGUGUGUGCAGAGGCCGCGCACCAUCUACGGCGUGUCCAAGGUCCACGCCGAGCUGAUGGGCGAGUACUACCACCACAGGUAUGGGCUGGAUUUCCGCUGUCUCAGGUAUCCAGGCAUCAUCUCAGCCGACUCCCAGCCUGGAGGAGGAACCACAGACUACGCGGUCCAGAUCUUCCACGCAGCUGUGAAGACGGGUUGCUUUGAGUGCAACCUGCGCAGUGACACGCGGCUUCCUAUGAUGUACAUCGACGACUGUCUCAGGGCGACUCUGGAGUUCCUGGAGGCUCCCGCUGAGUCACUGCUCAGCCGCACCUACAACAUCAACGCCACGAGCUUCACACCGCACGACCUCGUCCGGGAGCUACAGAAAGCCCUGCCCGUCCUCAAGAUCACCUACAACGUGGACCCGGUCCUGCAGGCCAUAGCGGACGGCUGGCCAAUGGCGUUGGAGGACGGGGCGGCGCGGCGGGACUGGGGCUGGAAGCACGGGUACGACCUCUCAGAGUUGGUGCGGACCAUGCUGACUCACAUCAGCACGGGGAACCAGCUAGCACAAGCCUACUGAGCCUCGCGUAGAUUUGAUUGCAACCCUAUUUUAAAUUUAAAAAUUUUUUUUUUAAAAAAGCUUUAUUUAAGAGGACGUCUAGCCCUCACUAUCACACUUUAAACAGUUAAAUUAAUAAAACAUAUUUAGACAGGGGGAUUAGGAUUUAGAUUAUUCAAGAUACGACCCGCCAUACCAGAGACAUAAAACCAUUCCAGAGUUGUCGUCCGUCCAGCUCAUCUCUCUGUUCUUGCCCAUCCAUCCAUCCAUCCAUCUUUUAUGUGAAACCAACCUGAUGCAAGAUGCAUGCUGGGUACGAUCGCCAAGUUACUGAACUGUUAAAGAGAGUCGAGUCCUCUCUGUGAAUGUACUCUAUGUAUCUAUGUAUUUAUGUAUCUGCGAGUAUGCAGAUAACUUUGCUUGCCUUAAAAGCCGCCAUCUUGAAAACCAGCUGGCUUUGAGCAGGAGCUUCACUCCCAGCCGUUCCCCAAUACGUACUGCAAGCAUAAGCAGUGGAAACUGUUCUGUAGGGUUAGUUUAAAGGUGCUCGGACCGUAGUUGCCUGGCAUGAAAAAUAAGUGUUCAGAGUUCGAGGAUGGCUUUCUGACAGCCACUUCACUUUUGAACUACCGUAGGUGCUUUUAAUAUUUACGUAUGUUUGAUUUCCGUUUUAAAUGAUUAUGACUGUUGCUUUCGUCCUCUGCAUUGAAUAUUUAUGAAUGUUGAAAUGGGAAGAGGUUGGGGAAAUGGAAACCUUCAGUUUCGCAGCUGUACUUUAAGGGCUUAGAUCUGUCAAGUAGUGAAGAAACAAAGUUUGUUAUUUAUAAUACUAUUCUUUACAGCCUUUUCUGUCAAAACAAAACAAUUUUUUUGUUAAAUAAAUACUUGAAUAAAACCAGCAACCAAUCACAAGUCUAUUCUCAUUGUAUUUGACAAUCAACCUGACAAUGAAUGUUUUUUAAAAUGUCCAGCACAGC